CUAUCCGAAGCCGAAUUUUCCGAUAUGAAAUCAGGGUCUAGUUUGUUGACGACACAGCGAUUCAGUUAUAUGGGAAUGGGCAAGUGGGAUACGGAGUUGCAUCGUCUACCAUGCACAAUAAUCGCUUCAGAAUUGACUCCAACACUCUCCGGCACAUCUACUAAGCGUAAGAUGAGAAGAAAUACUGUAUCACUAGAAUUGGCGUUGCUGUUGCAUCCAAGUGCGCCACAUUCAAGUGAGCAAUGCGAUGCGAUGAUACUUGAUUUGAAGCAAAGUCUACUAUUAGCUCAAAACGAUGAGCCUUGUGGGUUUGGUCGAUCCAAUAGGGCAAUUGUAUCCGCCCCGCUUGCUUCACCCCCGGGGUCUAGAUACUCGGAUUUCUUCUCCUUGAUUCUCGCAAGGAGCAGAACGCGACUACUGCCGUCAAUACUUGUAUCGAUAGAGAGCAAAUCCAAUGAGAAUAAGGACUACUGCUCCGGCUGUGGCCCCGAUAAUAAUACCAGCUCCAGAAACAAGUUAGAGAUAUGUCGUAAAGCCGAAAAUAGGCCCACUUACACAACGGGUGGGUGCUCUAAGGAAGAGGUUACGGGUCCGACACCUACUUCACCACUUCCACUUCUUGUGGGAGGGCGUGUUCCUGGGACCAAAGAGACAGAAGGCAAACCGUCGAUUAAAGAGG